AUGUUUUUCCCCGAAGUUGGACCUGCCUUUCUGACCAGCAUGUCAGCCGCAUUAGGCUUCACAGAAGCGCAAGCGACAACCGAAGAAGCACGUGUUGACCGCGUAGAUCUGAAGUCGGACGCUAGCUCUAGUCUCACAGGAGUUGACGACGAGACCAAAGUUCGACAAGAAGCACAGCGUGAUCGAGACAUUCACGAGCUCGUGCGCAAGUUUACAACACAGUCUGAACAGCAACACUUUGGCUCACCCUUCGCCGAGGAUGCACAUGGGGGGCUUGAUCCCAGGAGCGACCAGUUCCGUGCCAAGGAUUGGGCGCGCUCCUUCUAUAACCUGCGUUAUAGUAGCGAGGAAACCAUUCCUCGCGUAGCGGGCGUUGCUUUCAGAGGCCUGAACGUGUGGGGCAAAGGUUCACCAACCGACUUCCAGUCGACAGUAGGGAAUACAAUAUUGAAGCUUCCUUCGCUGUUUGGCAGAGGCACGCAGAAGAUCGAGAUCUUGCGAGAUCUUGAUGGGUUGCUCCUUCCUGGAGAGCAACUAUGUGUCUUGGGACCACCUGGAUCAGGAUGUUCCACACUCUUGAAGACUAUCGCAGGCGAGACUCACGGCUUCCAAGUCAGCCCUGACUCGUAUCUCAACUACCAAGGAGUACCAGCAAAGGACAUGAACACCGUCUUCCGCGGGGAAGCUAUCUAUACCGCUGAGGUUGACGCGCAUUUUCCCCAGCUGAGUGUUGGCGACACGCUCUACUUCGCGGCUCUGGCUCGAGCACCUCGUACCAUUCCUGGUGGCAUCAGUCGUCGGCGCUAUGCCGAGCAUCUUCGAGAUGUUAUCAUGGCCAUGUACGGCAUCUCGCACACGGUCAACACACGCGUUGGCAACGACUUCGUACGAGGAGUCAGCGGCGGCGAGCGCAAGAGAGUGACGAUCGCGGAAGCAUCUCUCAGUUUUGCCCCGCUUCAACUAUGGGACAACUCGACUCGUGGACUUGAUUCUGCUAAUGCUGUGGAGUUCUGUAAGACACUUCGAACCCAGUGCGAUGUCUUUGGGGCAGCAUGUGUCAUCGCCAUUUACCAAGCUCCACAAGCCGCGUAUGAGGUUUUCGACAAAGUGACCGUACUUUACGAAGGCCGACAGAUCUACUUCGGACCAGCGAACGAAGCACGCGCAUAUUUCGAACGCCUUGGCUUCGAAUGCCCUGCCUCCCAGACUACGCCCGACUUCCUUACAUCAAUGACGUCAGCCUCUGAGCGCCGUAUCAGGUCAGGCUUCGAAGGCAAAACACCGCGUACCUCCGACGACUUUGCUCGAUGCUGGAAAGAAAGCCCCGACCGUCAACGGCUAUUGCAAGCGAUAGAGGAAUACGACAACACGUAUCCCCUCAAAGGCGAGCAACACGAACGCUUUGCGCUUUCGAGAACCCUGGAGAAAUCGAAGAAGCAACGGCAGAAGUCACCCUAUACCCUUUCGUACUGGCGACAGAUUCGUCUUUGCAUGUGGAGAGACGUGCAGAGGCUGAAGAACGAUCCGAGUGUACCUCUAACGAUGCUUGUUGUCAACUUUUUUGAGGCGCUCAUCAUAGCGAGCAUCUUCUACAACCUACCCCAGUCCACAGCGUCGUUCUUCAAGCGCGGUGGAGUCUUGUUCAUGGUGGUGCUACUCAAUGCCUUCGGAUCGAUGCUCGAAAUCAUGAACCUCUACUCCAAACGCACUAUCGUCGAGAAGCACAACCGAUAUGCCCUUUAUCAUCCGUCGGCAGAAGCCCUGUCUUCCAUGAUCGUAGAUCUACCAUACAAGAUCACGAACAGUCUCGUGGUCAAUACAACGCUCUACUUCAUGUCUAAUCUACGCCGAGAACCCGGUCCGUACUUCUACUUCUUGCUCGUUGGAUUCACCACCGGCCUUUCGAUGAGCAUGUUCUUCCGCCUGUUCGCCUCAAUGACAAAGACUCUUUCACAAGCACUUGCCCCGAGCUCUCUCAUCCUGAUAAUGCUUGUGCUCUAUACAGGAUUUGCUAUUCCAAUCCAGUAUAUGAAGGGAUGGGCGGGUUGGUUCCGAUGGAUCAAUCCGGUUGCAUAUGGCUUCGAAAACGUCAUGGUCAACGAGUUCCAUGGUCGCACAUUCGCUUGUUCAUCUUUCGUACCUUCUGGCCCAUCAUACGAGAACGUCGCCCCCGAACAGCGAGCGUGUGCUGUGCAAGGUUCUCAACCGGGCCUCGAUUACGUCAACGGCACUGCAUACGUCGAAACUGCCUUUCAGUAUCAGUACAGUGAGCGGUGGUCCAACUAUGGCAUCAUCAUUGCUAUCACUAUCAUCCUCUUCCUCGCACAUCUCGUUAUGAGCGAGUUGGUUGCUUCCGAGCGGUCCAAGGGCGAAGUUCUAGUCUUCCGUCGAUCCAAAAUGAAGAGCACGGCCAAGAAGCAGAGCGUGGAUGAGGAGAAUGGCGGAGCGACCGUUCACGAGGGCGAGAAGAUCAGUCGUAACAGUGAGCCCGAACCUGGAAUGCAGAAGCAGGUGUCUAUCUUCCAUUGGGAGAAGGUCACCUACGAAGUCCAGAUCAAGGGAGAAACCCGCAAGAUCCUAGACGGUGUGGACGGCUAUAUCAGGCCCGGUACACUGACAGCUCUUAUGGGCGUGUCAGGCGCAGGAAAAACCACACUGCUCGACGUGCUCGCAAGCCGAACAACCAUGGGUGUCAUUGGCGGCAACAUGCUUGUCGAUGGCCGUCAGCGAGACGACAGCUUCCAGCGACAGACUGGCUACUGCAUGCAACAAGACAUCCACUUGGACACAUCCACUGUGCGAGAGGCGCUGGAGUUUUCAGCAUUGCUGCGUCAGCCGCCUGAGUACGGACGCGAAGAGCGCCUAGCCUACGUCGACCACGUGAUUCGCCUUUUGGACAUGGAACAGUACGCCGAUGCCGUAGUCGGAAUCCCAGGAUCCGGACUCAAUGUUGAACAACGUAAGCGCCUCACAAUCGGCGUUGAGCUCGCCGCUCGUCCAAAGCUACUGCUCUUUCUCGAUGAGCCUACAUCCGGUCUCGACAGUCAGACUUCAUGGUCCAUCUGCGAUUUGAUGGAGAAGCUCACUCGAGACGGUCAAGCAAUCCUGUGCACCGUCCAUCAACCCUCAUCUCUUCUCUUCCAGCGCUUCAACCGACUUCUCCUCCUAGCCAAAGGCGGAAGAACCGUCUACUUCGGCGAGAUCGGUCGCGGCUCCGAGACUCUUCUCGAUUACUUCACCCGCAACGGCGCAUCAGCAUGCCCUCCUGGUACCAACCCCGCCGAGUACAUGCUCGCGGCGAUUGGCGCGGCGCCAGGUGCAAAGACCGAGAUCGACUGGCCGACGAUUUGGAAGAACAGCAAAGAGUACAUGCAUCUUCAGACCGAGCUUGCCGAUCUAAGGGAACUUGCCAACCGGCCCUCUGCUGUCAUGGACUCAGGCGACGCCAGCCACCAGGUUUUCGCUGCCUCGUCCAUGGACCAGCUCCGCGCUGUAGCCAUGCGGUGCGCCCAGCAGUAUUGGAGAACCCCUUCAUACAUUUACUCGAAGGCCAUUUUGACGAUUGGCUGCUCACUCUUAAUUGGGUUCUCUUUCUUCGGAAGCGAAAACACGAUGAUGGGACUCCAGAACCAGAUGUUUGGUGUCUUCAUCUUCCUCUUCGUCGUAAUCCAACUAAUCUACCAAAUCAUGCCCAUGUGGAUCUCCCAGCGAACCCUCUACGAAGCCCGCGAGCGCCAAUCAAAAACUUACGCCUGGCAAGCCUUCGUCCUCUCCAACAUCGUCAUCGAACUCGCCUGGAACGCCUUCAUGGCCAUCUUCUGCUUCCUCGUAUGGUACUAUCCCGCCGGUCUAUACCACAAUGCAGAAGCCACAAACACAGUCAACAUCCGCGGUUUCCACGCCCUGCUCAUCGUCGUCGCCGUUUUCAUAUUCGCAAGCACACUCGCUCAUCUCCUUAUCGCUGGCUCCCCCAAUGAGGAAAUCGCUGGUGCGCUCGCUACAUUGGUUACGAUUAUGCUGUACGCUUUCUGCGGUAUUCUCGCUGGUCCCAACGAUUUACCCGGUUUCUGGAUCUUCAUGUACCGCGUUAAUCCGUUCACCUACCUGGUAUCGAGCUUCAUGUCGACGACGCUGGGUCAAGCGCCUGCCUACUGCGCAGACUCUGAGUUUCAAACUUUCUUCCCGCCGCAGGGUCAGACGUGUGGAGAUUACAUGUCUGAGUAUAUUGGGGUGGCGGGUGGCUAUCUGAGCGAUGCGCAGGCGACGGAGCAGUGCAACUUUUGUCAGAUGGACUCGACGAACCAGUUUCUGCAGCGUAUUCAUGCGGAUUGGGAUACGCGCUGGAGGGAUUUCGGGCUGCUUUGGAUCUACGUGGGGUUUAAUGUGGCGGCGGCGAUUUUGCUUUACUGGCUCUGCCGUGUACCCAGGACGAAGAAGGGGAAGAAGAGCGCUUAG